GAAGCGGCAUUCCUGAAAACACACAGCGUGCUUGCUUUACAGAAAUUUUUUUCUCAGUUCAGUUCAUAGUAGCACGCGAAGUCUAGGCCACCAAACUUCCGAAGCAGCGAGAAAAGUUGCCGUAGCUUAUUUCAAGUAACGAUGUUCAGCAUUGACAGUGCCCUUUUUCUCGCAUUCAUCGUCUGCGCUUCUUACACCGCUGUACACUGGUUGAUAAGACAACGCCGCAAAUGCUUUGAUGCCUUUGAAGGCACCGGAGUACCGACGGUGCCUCUUCGGAGCCUCAUCAGUGGCAAUUCGGACGACUACUGGAAUCCUACAGUCCUUGAACGUCUGGACCAAUGGCUCAAGGAAUACGGAGAUGUUUUUGGGUUCUUCAUUGGGGACACGCCAAUGGUCGUGGUGAAAGACCUGGACAUGAUACACGACAUAUUCAUCAAGAACUCGAGCAACUUUCAGGGUCGUGGUCGCACAAUGCACGUCUACGAAGUGGACCCAUUGUUCAAGAAGUAUGUCGUCUUGUCCAAAGGUGCCAUCUGGAAGUCAACCAGAGCUUGCAUGAUGCGCUUCUUCACCCCUUCAAAGCUGAAAGCGGUGAUGCCUUCUCUGCUGCACGCCGAGCAGCAGUUCAUAGAUAUCCUGGGGGAGCAUGCCGACAGCGGCGUCGAGGUGGAUAUCAACAGCCUGUGCGAGCGUUUCACCUUCGACGUGAUCGGCAAGGCGGCUUUCGGCAUGGACACGAACGUUCAGCGCAAUCCCGAGAUGUCAAUGUUCAGGGUAGCCCUGGAUGUCCUUCCAAACCUCAAUUCCGGAUUCCUUUAUAACCUGGGCCAGAAUCUUUACCACUGGCCUUGGCUUUUGAAAAUACCAGCGAGAUUAUUUGCGGCAUUGUGCACGAAUCCUAUUGUUGGCCUCACCAAGGUGGCGACUGACAUCAUUCAAUACCGCCGAAAAAAUCCACAGGUGCAACUUCCCGACAUGGCUCAAAUACUGCUUGAUGGUGUAGGACACACAGAAAACCCUUCCGAGAAUUGUUGCCGAGAACCGGUAGACAACACAGACCCUCUGCCUUUGGAGACGCUGAACCAACUGUCUUCGAAUUGCAUGACAAUCUUUCUCGGAGGAUACGACACCACAAGAUUGGCAUUUACGUUUUGGUUUUAUCUUAUGGGGAAGCACCAAGAUGUGCAGGAGAAGAUGCGACAAGAAGUCAUCCACGCUUGCGAAAAGGAGGGAGACUGUUUAUCUUAUGAAACACUUUCAACCCUUCCGUACACAAAUCAAGUGAUUUCCGAGACAUUGAGGAUAUAUCCACCAGUAAUUACGUUUACGACACGGUGUGCUGACGAAGAUUAUCUCUACGGGAAAUACCUGAUUAAGAAGGGAACAUCUGUCAUGGUGCCCACAUUCCAGUUGCACCACGACCCAAAAUAUUGGGAGAAUCCUGAAAAGUUCAUCCCCGAAAGGUUCAGUCCAGAGAACAAAGAUCGCAUCAACCCUACAGUUUAUCAGCCCUUUGGUCUGGGACCACGCAUAUGCCUUGGCCAGCGUCUGGCCCAAGUGGAGCUGGCUUCCACCACUACACACAUCCUCCGCCAUUACCGCAUCAUGCUGGGCACCUCUCAGAAGGAAGAUCUUGAGUUCGACACGUACUCUUACUUGGUCGUGCCUAAAGAAGCGGUCAAAAUUCGACUACACAGGCUGAGCACCAAAAAAUGAAUCUUUAUUCAUCACUUCUUUUGUUGCGAGAAGAUGUCUGCAAGCAUUUUAUGAGAUAUAACUCCUCGCCCUGAGCAUAUAUACUUACGAGUAUUCAAACAAUUGGUUUUGCUUUACGUGCGCUGCCUUGAUGUAAAUUAGAACGAGAAACUUGCCAACAUUGUCGGCAGUGUUUCAUUCCUGCUUCGUGGUCUUCAAAUUACCACAUGAAGAAUAAGAAAUUAUGACAGCUUCAAUGGAAUUGUACAAUUAGCUGCAGUUGUUUCUCCGCAAAGUUUACGAGUUUUGUAAUUGUAAAGCCAGUAGUUCGCACACUAUUACGGUGCUCUUUGAAGCAGUUCCGCCUUCAUAGAACAUUUGCUUCGCAAUGACACGUCUACGUUAUAUAUUACAUUUCUCAAGCUUUGUUUUAUUCCUUGUUGUUUAAGAUUUCUUCUUGUCCUGCGUAAUGCAAUCGCGCUGUUCUAUUUUUCUUCUCCACUGCAGUUACGUUCUGUGAUGAAUGUACAGCGUGAUGCUGGAGGCCUGUUUAGGUGUCUCAUAACACUGUUUUAGUCUUUUGCACCACGACAACAAUGCAUUAUCAGAGGAAUAAAAUAAAAUUGGAGUGCAACAGGU